CAUUAUUCUGGCCGUCACUGUAGGCUUAGAGCUCUAUCUCUUCCAGAUCCUCAACAACGAAUCCACAUCGUUCCACGAUGAUGUGAGGUCGGAAUUGGUGACCAAGAUUCAAAACGAGUACAAAAUAGAAAGUGAUGGCACCAUCUUUACUCUGCUGUUGAACACGAUCAUGUUGAUGAACGAGUGUUGCGGCAUUAACGGCCCAAGUGAUUUUACCAACUUGACCUACAUCGAAAGAAACAACCCGAAUGGAGCGACUAUUUUUAGGAUCCCACCUGCCUGCUGUAAGAAAUCCAUCAUAGUCCGGGGAACAGGAGCCGCCAAAGCCUACGAGGUGCUCAAGCAAUGCGCCAGGGAAGGAGGAGACCACUCAGAGAACAUUAACUCCAAGGGCUGCUACUCGCAAGUCUUCCAGCACAUCUUCGCCACCCACGGGCAGUGGAUGAUGGCAGUAUUGCUGGUAGUAGCCAUUUGGUCGCUGAUGCAGAUGAUCCUAUCCAUCAUCACCAUGAUGACCCCACCCCCCAAGCCACCAGAGAGGAGACGGUCCAGCCGAGCAGGUUCCAUAGCUCGGGCACGCGCUAUGUCACAGUCUCACCCCGUCGCCCACAAGCCACCAGAACCCAUCAAGAAAACGUUCGUCCCCCUGUCCAAGAUCAGUUCCUUCGAUCACCCAGACCCCACAAGAAUCAAGUCCACGGAAAUUUGGUAAACACACCGAUCGGAUUCAAGCCAGCGGUUGGCGUGUUAAAUGUCUGGGUAGUACAUUUUUUAUCUUCAAAAUGUGAAGAGACGAGUUCUGCGAAACAAAUAAGUUUGUUUUUCUUGUUGAUUCGCUUUUAAAAAACAAAAAAAUAAUCUCUAAAACAAAGCGCCAAUGUUGAGCACUACCAUGUCAAAAUGUCCAGGAAAAUGUAAUGUCAAACAUCGAUGUUCACACAAAGUAACAUCUGCUACUACAAACAAAAAGUUCAAUGGUUUCAAAUAUUUUCAUCACAAUUGGAACAAGUGUUUACAGGCAUGUCUUACAUGAAAAAAUGCUAUUAUAUUGAUACAAUAAAUUAUUUUAUAACAUCA